AUGCAUCUCGCCCCUUUCAUCCCAGCUGCUCUCUUGGUAGCCUUCCCGUUUGCUCAUGCAGGAGUCAUCAACGCACGACAAGCACCAGCACCAGUCCAAAAUUUCACGACAAUUAAAUCUCCAUCAGGUGCCACAAUCCGUUACAAAGAACCUGGAAAGCAUGGCGUUUGCGAAACUACGCCAGGAGUCAACUCCUAUAAUCCUCUGACUCUUUGGUUGAAUGGAGGUCCUGGAUCAGAUUCGCUAAUUGGGGCAUUUGAGGAAAUUGGGCCUUGUUAUGUGGACGAGCAUUUGAAGACACAGAAGAGGGCCGUAUCAUGGUCGAACUCGUCGAAUUUGUUAUUUCUUUCGCAACCCGUUGGAACAGGCUUCUCCUAUAGUAGCACCAAGGUCGGCUAUCUGGACCCGACCUACCUCGACGUCUCUCCAGCAGAAGCCGGCGAGGCUACAGGAAGAUACUCUAUCAUCGACCCCACCAAGCUCGACACCAGCAAACUCGCCGCAGUGGCCUGCUGGGAGCUCCUACAAGGCUUCUACGGCGCCUUGUCUCAAUUCGACAAGCAAGUUGCGUCGACUGAUUUCAGUCUCUGGGCAGAGUCUUUUGGCGGACAUUGGGGUCCUGCAUUCGCAUCCUAUUUCUACGAGCAGAACCAGAAACUCACUUCGACCUCCCCUGGACGAAAAUUGAACUUCAAGUCUUUCGGUAUCGGGUUGAAGUUGAUCAACGAUACAAUCUACGACCAUGGCAAGUUCAACAUGUACAGAGACGGAGGCUGUCAGCAGGCCCAGGACUAUUGUGCGUAUCUGACCAAAGACUCCAUUGUCAAGAGCAGUGGCUGUGCAGCGGCGCAGUAUAUCUGCCAGAAUGACGUUGAAGAUCUUUACUACACAUUCGGUGGUAAUCGCGGCGUGUACGACAUCAGAGCCUGCAAUGGCAAAGACGUUCCCCCAGCUCAAUGGAGGGACUACUUAAACCAAGCCUCUGUCCAACAAGCCAUUGGCACCGACCUAAACUACACCUCGUCCAACCUGAUCUACACCGCAUUCUCCCUCUCCGGCGAUUUCGCCGUUGGCUACAUCGAUGACCUCCAAGAGCUUCUUGGCUACGACAUUCAAAUUUCUCUAGUCUAUGGCGAUGCUGAUUAUAUCUGCAAUUGGCAAGGCGGAGAAGACAUCUCUACAUCCGCCAAAGCAGCGUUCAAGGAUGCUGGGUACACGAAGUUGGUAGUGAACGGGAAGGAGUAUGGAGAGACAAGACAAUAUGGGAAAUUCUCGUUUACGAGAGUGUGGGAGAGUGGGCAUGAGGUUCCUUAUUUCCAACCGGAGGCAGCCUUUGCAAUCUUUAACCGCAGCCAACACGGUCUCGAUGUUGCGACGGGAAAGGUGUCGAUCCUAGAGAAUCCUAGCUAUUCGACGAAAGGGACGCCGAAUACUGUCCACAGUCGGCAGUUGCCCCCACUCAGUUGUCCUGCGUCGAGCUGA